CCAAUGAUUCCUCUUUGGUGCAAUUGAAGCCAUCUGAAGAGCCUGUUGUGUGUGAUGGUAAGACUGCUUCAGAUAACCCUACUGGGUCAUCUCCAGGAAAUAGGGGAGAGAACAAGUCUCGAAUAACCCCCAUGGAUUCUCACUCUGCUAAAAGCUCUUCUGCCGCUAAUGUUGUAGUUGAGGUUAAAACUAUAGAACCCAUGAAUGAUUCCAGAUUUUCUGGUUCUUUCCCAGCGCAUAACACAUCUAAACAACUUGUGGUACAUGCUUGGAAACCUGCUCCUGGUUUCAAGGCAAAGUCUUUAUUGGAAAUCCAACUGGAAGAACAGAUGAAGGCACAAACUGAAAUGGCAGUAUCAGAGGUUUCUUCUGCCAACUCUAUGAAUUUGUCAACUCCGUGGGCUGGGGUCGUGGUUAGUUUAGAACCCAAAGUUUCUAGAGAAAGUCAACAAGAUGCAGGUAUUGCUGAGACAGCUGUUGUGAAACCUGAAAACUCUGCAACUUCAAAGAGUAAAAAGAGCCCAUUACAUGAUCUGUUGGCAGCAGAAGUUUUGGCAAAAUCCAGAGAAAGAGGUAUAGAUGUUCCUACAUCCACUGCCCAUGUUACCAUUACAACUGCGAAACCUAUUGAUGAUGACAAUAUUGAGGCUAAAGAGACUAAAAAUGGUCGGAAAAAGUCUUUCAAUGCAAAGGGCAUGGUGGCAAAAGCGACAGUUCCUCUUAAUACUGUUGAUAUGCUUGUUAAUGGAAGUCCUAUUGACAAAGGCAAAAUUUCUGACCCAUCACAGCCGGAAAAGGAAGUACUGCCUCAUUCAAGCCUUUCUUUGGGAGAUUUUGUUCCAUGGAGAGGGAAGCAGGUUAACUCUUUCCCUGCACCUGCUCCGGCUUGGGCUACUGAUUCUAUGAAACUUCCUAAAUGCCCAUCAUUGAGGGACAUCCAAAAGGAGCAGAAAAAGGAUCCGUCUGUCCAUUUUCCGAUUCCUAUCCCAACUCCUCAGAAGCCCCAACUAAGUCAGUGGACUCAUGGUGGGGUUUCAUCAUGGUCCACUGCAUCUCCACCAUCAAAGGCUACAUCUCCUGUCCUGAUAAAUUCUCAUGUAUCUUCUCAAUCAAAAUAUAAAGGAGACGAUGACCUAUUCUGGGGUCCAAUUGAUCAGUCAAAGCAAGAAGCAAAGCAAGGUGAUUUCCCUCUUGUAGCAAAUGUGGGUGGCUGGGCUACAAAAAGCACUCCUGCCAGUGGGGGACCUUUUGAGCUUGUGUUUCAAAGUCAUAAUGUCGGAAAGCUGGCGAAGUUAGGUGCCGGAAAUGUGAACUCUGGCAAUACUGUCGUUUCUAAUUUUCAGCAGGAAAUUGCAGUCUCCCCAGAUGCGUCUUCAAAGGAGGGAGGCAAGAAGAAAGGGAAGAAAGGAAAGAAGGUGAGCCCCGCUGUUUUGGGAUUUAACGUUGUCAGUAAACGUAUCAUGAUGGGUGAGAUUCAGGUAUUUGAGGACUGGGAAUUUUGACUCAAGACAGGAUCGUAACUUCUGAUAUUCACAGUUAAUGAUAUUACUGGAAUGUCGAUGUAAAUACAUUUGGCUUUACUGUUUGUAAAUGUUUCAGCCAGUACUUUUUUUAAUCUCCUUUAGAGUAAGCAACAGCAGCAGCAAUAACUGAAUCUGCUCUAGCGAUUUUGUGAAAGUAAAUAAAGUUGCGGUAAAGUCCUU